CCACCUGAAAUUACUCUCCUCGAACACCUUUUUCCCCGCACACCCGAGCACCGGAGGCCAUUGAAAAGUCACCGGACGAGAACUCUUAUUAAUUAGGAAGUGUGAGUUGGGGAUAUAGAGGAGCGUGCAGACCGUGAAGAGGUGUUAGAAAAAAAGGGAGGAUUGCAAGACGUGGAGACCUCUGGCUGGGAUCUGACGGCGGGCCUCACCACCUCACCUCUCUCUCGCCUCCUGGCCGGCAUUUAAACCCUAGACAGUUCUCCGGAAGGUGCGGCAUUAGGAACUCGUACAACACCAGGACAGACAUCAUGACCAGGCUACUCCUCCUGCUGCUGGGCCUGGCCGCUGCUGCUGUGGUGGCCGACGAUGUCAUGCAGUUCAACGAUGGGGACUUUGACGGCAAGACAGCGAGUCACGAUACGGUGCUUGUCAUGUUCUAUGCCCCCUGGUGUGGACAUUGCAAGAGAUUGAAGCCAGAGUUUGAGAAGGCUGCCUCCAUUCUGAAGAACAAUGACCCACCUGUCAUCCUUGCCAAGGUUGACUGUACAGAGGAUGGGAAGGACAGUUGCAGCAGGUUUGGGGUAUCUGGCUACCCAACCCUUAAGAUCUUCAAGGGUGGUGACCUUUCUUCAGACUACAACGGUCCACGAGAAGCCAAUGGUAUUGUUAAAUACAUGAGGUCUCAGGUUGGACCAGCCUCCAAGGAGCUGACAUCUGUUGAAGUGGCAGAGGCCUUCCUUGCAGCACCUGAGGUCAGCGUUGUCUACUUUGGCGAGGACUCCAAGUUGAAAGAUGCAUUCAUACAGGUGGCUGACAAACUUAGGGAGACCGUGCGGUUUGCCCAUUCAGUUAAGGCCGAAGUUGAUGAGAAGUACGGAUACAAGAAUGUGAUUGUGCUCUUCCGCCCCAAGCAGCUCCACAACAAGUUUGAGCCAUCUUCUGUGUCUUAUGAAGGAGCAGAGGAAAAGACUGCAAUCCAAGCCUUCAUCAAAAAGAACUACCAUGGUCUGGUGGGUCACCGUACUCAAGAUACUGCCUCAGAGUUUGUGCCACCUCUUGUUGUGGCUUACUUCAAUGUGGAUUACGUCAAGAACCCCAAGGGCACCAACUACUGGCGAAACCGCGUUCUCAAGGUUGCCAAGAACUUUGAGGACUUCAGCUUUGGUAUUUCCAACAAAGAUGACUUCCAACAUGAACUUAAUGAGUUCGGCAUUGACUUUGCUGCGGGAGACAAGCCUGUGAUCUGUGCCCGUAACGCCAAGUCUCAGAAGUUUGUUAUGAAGGAUGAAUUCACGAUGGAGAACCUCGAGACUUUCCUGAACCAGCUUUCAAAUGGGGAGCUUGAGCCAUACCUCAAGUCUGAGGCCAUCCCUACUCAGGAUGGCCCAGUCACUGUUGCUGUUGGCAAGAACUUUGAUGAUGUUGUGACCAACACCGACAAGGAUGUGUUGAUAGAGUUCUAUGCUCCCUGGUGCGGCCACUGCAAGAAGCUGGCCCCCACCUACGAUGAGCUGGGUGAAAAGAUGAAGGACGAGAAUGUGGCAAUUGUAAAGAUGGACGCCACCGCUAAUGAUGUCCCUGAAGCCUUCAAUGUGAGAGGAUUCCCUACUAUUUUCUGGAAACCUGCUGGUGGCUCUCCAGUUGCAUACAAUGGUGGCCGGGAGUUGGACGACUUUGUCAAGUACAUUGCCAAGGAGGCCACAACGGAGCUCAAGGGAUGGGACCGCAAGGGCAAGGCCAAGAAGACAGAGCUGUGAGGUGUAGAGCUGGAAGGCAUAGGAGAGAAAGGGAACAAUAGUUGGAUCAGAAUGAGAAAAAAGUAAAACCAAGAAUGAAAGGAGUAUGAUGUCCAAACUUAUAAGUUAAGUAGCUGACUAAAAUUUACUUAGUGCAAUGUAUUAAGAGCGCCUAAAAAAGGAAAAUACCUUGAAUCAGUAUUUUAGAGAGGGUGACCAGUGUGUGGGUGGCAUUGGCAGAAUGAAUGAAGCCAUGGGUGGGUGGGUGGUGUAGGUGCCUGGGUGAAUGGGAGAGUGAAAGGUGAGAGUGAGCUAAAGAAUGGUAGCAAGCAAGCAAGCAAUAGAAGCUGUGCAUGAAUGCGUCUGCAGCCAAUAAGUAAAAUGAUUGUUGUGUGUCCAAGUUGUUACAGUCUUUGUGAGGAUGACUUCUUUCUGACGGAUCAUUUUCCUGUGAUCACUGCAUAUUUAGUGUCUCCAUGGAUGAAUGCACAAGUUUCUGAUACCAUAUUUCAGUUAAUAAAAUUUUGUAACAUAA